AAAAUUAGAAUUGAGGGGUCUUUCAUUUUGCACAAACAAAAUAAGUUAAUACUACACAAGACAAUCAUGUCUCUUGUAUUUACACGAUUGAAUAAAGAAUCAUUUACUUAAUUAUCAACAAUAAUGAAACUACACAUUUUCUUUACGUUGGUUUAACGUAAUUAUAUUACAUUACUAAAACCAUUGUAAUCAUGUUUUAUCAUCACCGGAAAUGAUGCAAUAUAUCAAAAGACACUAUCAAAUAUGAUUGGACAAUAAUAAGAGCGGUCUUUUUAAUCUUAACCAAUCAGAAGCCAAACAAGAUAUUUGUAAAGAUAUCGCGAUUGCCGCCCAGUUUCUUCCGACUCCUCAGCGACAAGAACGUUUAAGACAAAUCUUUAGAGGAAUAUCGAUUAGGUUUAGGUGGUGCUGGUAAUGUGGAGUUGUAAGGGGUGCUCAGAAAAAGUGUCAAGUAGGUCCAAACUUUUGCAUACAGAAGACAUGAAGUUGUUCGUGAUGCACCGAUGGUGGAGGCUUUCAUGUCAAGAUGGCCUGGUCUAUUUGACAUUAGAGAGAUAAAUGCUGAGUUUAAGAGAAUUACGACCAUACCGCUUCAUUCAAAGUUCUUCUCUCAACUGGAUCUCCACUGUGACAACCUGAGGAAGCUCUUCAAAAGAAGAGGAGGACAGCUCGGACAAAAGCUUAGACAAAUUGUUGCACAAAUGGAUGAUUGUGAAGAUGUUGAUGUUGCACGGGAGUGUGUCAUUAAGGGAGUCUGCAUAUAUAUGGGAGAAGAUCCAGCCAAGCUCAUCCAUAAAUUUGUGGGUGUGGAUGAAGCUAAUAUUGAAGAGGGUAUUGGAGCCACCACCAUCGGUGUUUUUCAUCUUAAAGACUGUUCUUCAGCAGAUGAAGACAUCGGGGUCGUUCUUGAAGGCAUCAGAGUGUUGUCCAAUUUGGAUAGUGUGCCAACAGCUGUUGCAAUGCUUUUUGGACUGAUUAAUGCAAUGAACCUCGCCUACCCUGCUGACCUCCGCUACACUUUCGAGGUAUUACAGAAAAUAGUAAUGGAACUGGAUGGAGGUAAACUGUCAAACAAGGCAUUGUCCCUUAAAAACCACCUCUAUGAGUGAAUAGAGAUUUUCUCAUGUUUAAUUUGGUAAUGUUCUCAUGUUCAGUUUUUGUAUUUCUUGUUGUAUUCUUUAUUGGAGGACACAAAUGUAUUUUUUUAAUGAGGAACGUUCACCUGAAAGACUGGGCUUCAGCAGCUUUUACGUUCCAGUAUGUAGUGCUACUUAUAACACUACUGCUACUUAGUGUUACAAAUAUGUUAAAGAAAUUUGCUAUAAAAGUUACAUUACACUGAUUUAUUGUCAUGCAAAUUACAUGUUCAGAAUUGUUUUAGAAAUUUUACAUACUUUUCUAAAUCAUUUUGUCUUUCAUAUUAAUAUCUUAUAGAUAAACUUUUAAGAUGUAGUGUUUCCCUUGUAAAAAAAUGUUCUUGUUUUUACACAUUUGUUUAGACUAUCACUAUGGUAUUACAUAGUAAUCAGUAAGACAUGUGACAGAUAAUUGGUGUAAAAAGUUUAGCUUUGUCUCAUAUUGACAUAACAUACUGAUAGUUUUAACAAAUAUGUUAAAAAAGUCUGUAAAGCUAUGUACUGCAGCAUUAAUUAAUGUCAUUUGAAUACAUGUUCAAAAACAGUUUGUAGAAAUUUGACAUACUUUUCAUAAUCUUGUACAUCUUUUAUAGAAAUAUGUCUCAGGUUUUCCUUCAUGUUCAUAAAAAUUGUAUUUACUAAAUUUAAAAAAAUUUAUGUCUCUUCAAUUUAAAAUAUGUUAAGUACAAAAUGGUGUGAUUUAAAUUUUCUUUCAAAUAAAACUAAUUUGUUCAGUAGCACUCGCUUUCUUUGUCUUUCUUGUCAAAUAUCAGUCUUUAAUUUUUUACAGUAGAACAGCAUAUAGAGAACUUGAAAAAAUUAAGUAGGAUUUAAAGCUGUAACAUGUGUUCCAUUAACAUGAUAGAAUUGUGUUCGCCCAACACAAUUUCAUUGAGUAAUACUGGCAAUGAAAAAUAAGCUGGUGUUAUUCAUUACAAUAGUGUUGCUGAGACAUAAAAAAAGUUAUUGAUAAUACAUAAUAUAUUUACAUUAUGGUAAGAGAUAAAAUGUUUGUAGUUUCAACUUAAUAUUUUCAAGUAAUCUCAUGUAAAUAAAAUAUGUUGAUUUGACGAGCUUUAAGUAUUUGAGGGAAAGAGGGAAAAUAUGUCGGUUCUACUUAUUUGCAUUGUGUGGGACGGAUGUACACAAUAAAAUUAAGUAAAAUGAACAGCUUUUUUCU